AUACAUUGCAGCCGUCACGAUCCGAAGCACUUGAAGUUGCUCGCCCCAAAACGAUUAAAACCUCCCUCCCGGCCCAAUUCAACCCCAAACCAAACACCUAAACCUAACAUGUGCGACUACACGCAACGGGAAUACUCCUGCGGCCACUUCCGGUGGAUCGCCUCCAAAUGGUGCCGGGACUACACAAUAACCCACAAGAGGUGUCAACCGAACGUGACACAUUUUGAGUACCGGGCCGAGGAGCUUUGUGGUAAGUCACUACAGUCGUCGAUGCAUCCGCCAUCUGAACAGUUGUCUGCCGACUUGCGGUCAUCUGGUCUGCAGUGUUACCCACCGGCGCAAAUGCUGAACCAGAGUCCUCUCCGUUAUACCUUUCUGCUGUGUUACCGCUGGAAAGCGACGCUGACAUCAUAUGUAGGCGAGUGCAAGCCAAAAGAAUACCCGCCAUGGGAGAAUUUGAUCAAGCGUUCCAACAAGCAGGCCUACUAAACAACUGCGCCCAUUUUUGGUGAAAUGAGGAAGGGAGAUGACGCCUGGCGCUGAGCAACGCACUGUCGGUGCACGACAGUAGGCAGAUGA